UUAGUGCAUAUCAGGGUCUUUGCUUGGCAAAGAGCAGAGCUCAGUGUGUUAAAGCAGAUCAGAAUCCUCUUAAUGUUCCAUCUGCCUAAAUACCUUACAUACCUGGAAGGUUUCUGCUAUUGCUGCAUCACAUCACAUCAGUUUAUGCUCCAGUGCAUUUGGCUUGCAGAGCUGAGACAGGGAGAAGCUGAGAACACCAUCUUAGGAGAAUGCAAAUAGGGGCACAAGCGUUUACAGCUAAGGAACAGAGAAUAAACGUUGUAUUGCUGGGUGUGUAAGAGAGAUACUGCUUGUUACAUUGCUGGGAUAAUGACAGGCUUCACUUGACAGCCCUGUCAUUGUGGUUGGCUCUCAGUUUUGUCCUUUUAGUUCACAGCUCUUGCUGCAAGUUUGGAUUAUUUCAGCCUUGUUUAUGGGAUUCACUGCAGCUGAAAGAUUGAUUUUAAUAAGAAAAGCUUUGCAACCAAAUGAAGCCUCCUGGGAAGCGUGUACCCUGUGGUAAUUCAUGUGGCUCUGUGUUAUGUUGCUCUUCUCCAUCAGCAGGCAGCUCUGAAGGUUCCUCUGCCCCAAAACUGGAACCCCCAGCUGCACUAUCUCUGCCUCUUUUGCUGCUUCCAUGCAGAGCUCUGUGCUUUUGGUUCAGCAGGAUCCACGCUGGUUUUGCCCCUAUACCUGUCAACACUCUUUGCAAGCUGUAGCUUUCCCUGCUACUUUUCAUAUAAAAGAUUAUCCUUGUUUUUACUAUUAGGAAGGGCUGUAGCCUUUUCCUUUGAUUGUAGCACGGUACAAUAGGUUUCACAUUUAGAGAAGGUGUAGGGAAGUUGCUGGUAAUACAAAAAUGGAGCAUUGACAGAUCAUGCAUCUAAAUCCUCGUGCUGUAAGUUGUGCCUUUGUGUCAACAGAGUGUUAAUACUGGCACUCCUUUUCAAUGCAUUACUUGUACUUAUAGCUGUGAAAGUCGAGUGGAAGUGACUGCUGCUCCUGCUUCCCAAGUUUAAUGGUUCUCAAAAUGGAUGGAGGAUGGAGGGCACCUCUUUGCAUCAGACCUGAUAUUUGCUCAGCUUUCUGGACUGGUGCUCAGGCCAGAUGUAUUGGGAGGUCUUUCAGUGCAGCCUGCAGGCACGGAAAACAAAAAUGCUCAAACAGAAGGGAUCAGGAACAGCAAAGUGCCUGGCAGAUGUGGCUUGCUCAUUACUGCUUCCCACAAGCCAAUUAAUCUGCCUUUGGGCAGGGCUUUUUUCCACCUGAGUCACCAGCAUUUCUGGGUGAAAUAGGGGUGACUGGAACAGAAGAGCCUUUCUCUCUGCUUGCCCAGCCUGCAGUGAGCACGGCAGGUGCAGAGCCUCUUGUAUACCUUCCCCACGUGUGCAUGAGCUGCUCACUUAAGCAGGCUGUGCUGCAGCGGGCAGUGAAGGGAUGCUUUUGGUUUUAAGAAUCAAUACCCAAAAUACCACUGCCUGACCAGAGUCCCUUAGCCUGACCUCCAUGGAGAAUCGCAUUAAAUGCUCAGCAUCUGAUGGGGCCGUGUUGGUGCAGCUGCAUGUUGGGAUCUGUUUGAUGCAACAAGACUCUGGGGACACAGGGCAGACUGGAGACUGCACAGAAUGAGUGAGGAAAGGGCAGGAGACUGCGUCCCUUUACUCCUUUUAUGAACCCCAGAGAAGCUGUUCCUCCUUCCUCCCACUGGGCUGUUUUCUUCAGCAGGCUGCAGUGGGUUUGGCUUGAACUUGGCUUCCUUCAGCCAGGAAAUAGCCAAUUCGUGACAGCAGCAACCACAGCACUCUGCAUCCAUCCCAGCAGGCGGGCGAGAAGAGCCUGUAACCUCUGCAUUGCCAAAGGUUGGGGUGCAGAGAGAGGUGCGAAAGCAACCUGAGGUUGCAGUGCUGAGUGGGAUGGAAGGAAGGACAGGGUGCUGUGUUUGCCACCUGCACAACAAGAGCAGCUUCCCCUCUCAGGGAUAGGGUAAAAUAGAUGGAACAGACCAAUGUCAGCAUGGAAAAAUGCAAGUGGGGCAAUUAAGUUUCUCUCCAUGAGUGUCAUGGGAAGGUUUAGCUUUUGUUUCUAAGCUCUCGUGUGAGAAUCCCAUGUAUAUUUAGCUCUGUUUUACAGAUAGAAUCGUAACAUCGCUCAUAAAUGUCCCUUUUUCCCCAAAUCCACUUGAUGACUAAUUUGAUUGUGUAGUUAUAUCUGUUAAACACUGCUAACCACAAACAACAGCAACCUUACAUCAUAAUAAGAGCAAGCAGAGAAGUUUGCUGUAUUUUAACAUCCAUUAGCAGUGCCUGCGCUGUCUCCUGAAUGUCUAGGCAUGUAAUUUUCCUGCAAGUCUUGCAUUAAAAGCCUCUUUCAGGUUCAUUUGAUCACCUGCUGUUGGGAUUGCUCAGGGGCAGGUGGAGAUGGAACCAUGUGCUUGGCCUAGAGCAAUGCCUGAGCCUCUCAGAGCCAUGAUGCCUCAUGGAGCUGGGUGGUUGUCUUCUGAGACUGGAGCUUAAAGUAAAACCACAUGAGGAGACAAAGAUCAAAAACCCACUGAAGGCAACGGAAUAAAUCGUCUCGAGCAGACAGCUGGACGAGUGUCAAACAAAGGAAGGAACAGCUGGAUCAAAGAGACGGAAACACGGAGAAGCCGAAGGAAUGGAGCAACUAGCAAAACUCCUUCUGUGGCAGCUUUUGCUUCAGCAAAGUUCUGUUGUUUAUUUAUAUUCAGUCCCAGCUGAUGCCUCAAACCCAGACAGUGUUGUAGUGUCAGUGUUAAACAUCAGUGCCACACGGGGGUCUCAGGCUGUCCUGCCCUGCAAGAGUUACCGCAUGGUGUGGACUCAGGACCGUCUGAAUGACCGCCAGCGCGUGGUGCACUGGGAUGUGUACAGCACCUACUAUGGAGAUAACAAGAUGGAGAGGCUGUGUGACAUGUACUCAGCAGGAGAUCAGCGUGUCUACAGCUCCUACAACCAAGGGAGGAUAUUAAUGCCCCAGAAUGCAUUUACAGAUGGCAACUUCUCGCUGGUGAUCAAAGAUGUUGCAGAGAGCGAUGCAGGUGUAUAUUCAUGUAAUCUUCACCAUCACUACUGCCACUUAUAUGAAACUGUGAAAAUUCAACUAGAUAUCACCAAGAAAGCCAAAGCAGCGAAGGAAUACUGGGAUGGGGAGAAGGCUGUGAUUGUUGCUUUGGAAGGCAGUACCGUGAUGCUCCCUUGUGUCAACCGGAACCACAUCUGGACCGAACGGCACAGUGAAGAGGAACAGCAAGUGGUCCAUUGGGACAGGCAGCCCCCAGGGGUUCCCCAUGACCGUGCUGACCGUCUCAUUGACCUGUACGCCUCCGGUGAGCGUCGCUCUUAUGGGCCUCUCUUCAUUCGUCAGAAGAUGAACAUCACUGACACAGCCUUUGCCCUGGGUGACUUUUCCCUGCGAAUUUCUGAGCUGGAAAAUGCAGAUGAAGGCACUUAUUCCUGCCACCUGCACCACCAUUACUGCGGCCUGCACGAGCGUAGGAUCUACCAGGUCUUUGUGACAGAGCCAGUGAGAGAGAAGAAGGUGGUGAAUCUCACAACCCACAACAAUGCCCCGGCUGUAGAUCCAAAUGUUGUCAGGGGCCACAAUGUGAUAAACGUCAUCAUCCCUGAGAGCCGCAUCCACUUCUUCCAGCAGCUGGGCUACGUCCUGGCAACGCUGCUGCUCUUCAUUGUCCUGCUCAUCAUCGUUGUCUUCAUCACCCGCAAGCGUCGGCAGAGAGGUUAUGAAUACAACGUGAAGAAAUAUGGAGAGAAGGAUGUAAAUCUUAAAGAAUUUACAGUCGACACAACAGAUCUGACUCAGUACAGAAAUGAAGACAUCAGGCUGGAUUACAAAAACAACAUCCUGAAGGAGAAGGCUGAGCAAGCCAGAAGUUUCCCAGCAAAGAACAUUGAUUUAGACAAAGACUUCAGGAAGGAAUACUGUAAAUGAAGACAUUCCCAAGCUGCUGGCUGGACCAGAAGCUUCAAUCAAAGAUAGAUGGAAAAGAGAUGCCUUUCAUGAUACCAUGUCCCUCCAGUUACCAUACGUUUUUCAUGUAGAGUUUCUUCCCAGUAAGCAUGAGGGUAUUUGCAAAUGCUUUCUGAAAGAGUUAGGCCAUCUGUCUUGCGUGCAUUUAUGAUGGGUUUGGGUUUACUUUUCUUCUAUUGUUCUCCCAGUCCUCCCUCCCAUUUUCUUUCUGAUAUUAUUGUUGUUUUUACGCAUCAAUGAUUUUUAUGAGCUGAAUCAGCAGACCUUUUGCUUUUAUGUUACUGCUUUAAAUAAACCAACCUGCAACACUAAUCUUAGCCAUCAUUAUAUCAGGCAUUUUCUUUUUCAUGCAAUGUACUCAUUAGAAGAAUAACAGCAAAGCCUGAUUGUGAUCUCUCAUAUGCUGGUGUACAUUGAGAGGAAGAGUACUGUCACUUAGCACUUUAUAUAUUCCAGGUACAAAGAGUUGCUUAUUCAGCCCUUCACAAAUAACAAUAUAAAUACCUCAUCAUACAAACAGGGAAAUGUCAGCAUCCUCUUUUUACAGGGGAAAGGGAGGCACAUAGGUCUAGUUGCCACCAACGCAGUGUUGGGAUCAGCUCCAAAGAGCUCUAGGAGUCUGCUUUUGUAUUUCUCACUCUAAGCUUGUUUGUUGAUUUGUUUUUGUUUCAGUGCAAACCAAACCAAAUUUGUCAGGAGCAAACACUUUCAGCUGCAGAUGGAGGUCAAGUGCUGUAAAACCAGUGUCAGUUAGAUCAGAUCCAGAAACAUUAUGGACAGAGCUAAGCUCCUGUGUAUCUGGAGUAUGGUUUUCCUGCAGUCCUUGAGUGGAUCCUCCCCACACAGUUCUUGUGAGCUCAUCACACACAAAAAAGGUAUGAUUACAGCACAGUUAGACUGACUGUUGAAUAACUUCCAUCAGCUAAUUAUGAGGAACAAGACUAACAACACAUCCCACCAAAUAGCCUGUCAGGCACUGUGGUGGAUCAUGGUCCCCAAAGGAAGAAGCUAGUGAGGGGUAUUUGUUCUGGGGUGUGUAUGUGUGAGGUAGUGGGGCUGUGGGCUGAAGUUCCACAUCUAAUUCUGCUGUAUCAGGUGGGGGUGUCCAAAAACUUGGAAGUUGUUAUUGUUAUAAUACAAGCAAGGUAAAGUGUCAGGAAAGCCAGAAAAUCUGAAAAGCUCUAUACGGUGUCUCUGAGUGCUUGAGAUAUGCUGUGGCACCAUUCCCAAACCAUGGCACACCUCUGGUCCUUUGUGCAUAGAUGAAAAUAAGGCUUCUUGGGCCCAGGUCCUUAUUUGCUUUCCCUUCUCCCAAAGUAUUCAGCCAUUCCUAGGUUGCCUUUGGCAGGAUCUGAUUGGAACCUAGGCUGCAUUCCUGCAGGUGUGUAAGGCUGCUCUGGUUAUUCCAUCAAUGUGGCACUGUCUCAAAUAAUUGCCAUUAAUCUCUUUCUCCCUCCCUUUCAUGUCUGUGAGUCAAAGGUUGGAGAUCUUUGCUUGCUGGUUCAGAUUGCUUAGCACAGCUCAUAUAGACAUCAGCUCAAAGCAGGGUUACUCAUAAACUCCAGAGGCAUUUAAAUAUUUUGUUUGACUUCUAGGCUGCAAAAUAGCUUAAGGGGAAAUAAAUGUAUUUGUUCACUGAAACAAGUGCUGGGAAGAGCUUGAUGAGUUCCUCAUCCUUGCUUGGAUCUCGAGUUUGAAUUUGGAUAAUGGUCAGACAAAGCAGUAAUAACCCUCAGCUGAUCAGAAUGGGAGAUUGAGUUGAGAUUGUGGGCCUUUUUCAUCAGGGGAUGCAUGCUCUGUGUGAUUGGGCUGAGGAUGUGAAACAGUGGUUUAGAAAAGCAGCCUGCCACAUCCAGCGUGUGAUUUACUAAGUUAAAAUUCUGGCUGAAAGAAAUCCAGGCAGGAUUGCUGGCCAUUGAUCUGUGUGUUUUCAAACUGUUGAAAGAAACCAGAAGACUGAGCUCUAAGCUGAAGAGAUUCUUAUUUAUACUUGUGUUUCUUAAUCCAGAGAGAGUUAUCAAGGGCUGUGUGCCCUCCAGUGCUGGUGAGAAGCCGUUCAGAUCUUGUUUCGUGGUGGGACUUGGUAGGUGACAUUGAUGGUUGGACUUGAUGACCCUGAAGGUUUUCUCCAACCUAAAUGAUUGUGAUCUUGCACGUGGUAAUUAGGAGUCUGGGCUUAUAGGUAACCACUAGCUGAGGGACGGGACUGUGUUCUGUUCCCACUCUGCCAGAGGCUCGAUGUGAUUCUAAACAAGCUGGUUUUCUCCCAUCUCUCACCUCAGCCUUUCCUUCUGAUAAAUGAUAAAUGAUUCUAUCUUAAGUUACUUGAGAUAUUAUGGUUUCCUUAUGACUUUAUCUGUCCCAAUAGGAAAACUGCAAUGGAGGUGGGUUUUAUUCCACUGAUGUUCAUGCUUGUCUUGGCUUUGUUACUCAGUCUUGCCUUCUGUAAGCUCACUCAUUAGCAACUAACUAUGUUUGUUAAUCACUCUAGGAAUGCUGUAACCUGUAAUAUAUGCUUUCCCUCAUUUUAUCAUUACGUGAUAAUUUGCAGGAGAGAGUGCGUGUGUGCAAAUUGUAGGCUUAGAUUAGUGAAGAUGACAUAGUCAUGAUCUUAAUUGGACAUAAAUAGGGAGGAAGGAAAGUAAGUACAGAUGAAAGAGUAAAGCACCUGCAUGGAGCCAGUGGCACGUAAGAGGGAGAAGAAAGUGAAAGAGCCCAUUGCAGAGUCUGGGAGGGGGGAAAAUCUUUCCAUAAGAUGAGGUCUUAAUUGAAGAGUAAAAGAGCUUAACUUGAAUGGAAGCUCAUGAAACAGUGCAUGUUUCAGGUGGGAAGGUUGGUUGUGAUUUCUGCCAGUCUGAUCAACCGGACUGAAAGCAUCAAGAAGCUGGAGCAUGCUUUUCCAGUUUAGUUAUCUUUGGAAUACGUGCAACUAGUGCAUUUUAAGGCUGUUUCACAGUGCAAGCCAAAGGGUGCUAAGUGGGAAUGCAGUUGUUUGUUGUCAGGCACAGUUCUGAUACAAAAUACUGCAGCAGAUGAACCCUUUGAGUUCAUUUGGCUGAUACAAGUGAAGUUCCAAGGCACUUUUGUAUGUCUGCAACUUGGCGAUGUAGAAGCAGGGGAGAGUUCAAGUGAGGAAACAGUCACACAAUGUGAUAUUUGUUAGCCGGAAGAUACAGAAGGCCACUGGCAUAACAGGCUGGAAAUAGAGCCCUUUCUUUUCUGCUCCAUGCAUGACAUGCUUCCUCUCAAGACUGAGGGGAAGGCCUGGUCCAUACAUCUCGUUUCGUUCUUCAUUGUCGCAGAUUAAUUUUCAUGAUUAUUGUUACUUUUACCAUUUGUCCUUGCUGUGUAACUCUCGUAGCAUUUAAGAAAUAAAGGAGAUCGUGAUAGAGUUUCAA